CAACGACAAGCACCAUGGCUGCCAGUGGGUGUUCAGAGCAGAACCUACGGUACCGGGAUAAGGUGACUGUCAUAACUGGGGGCACAAAGGGCAUUGGAGAAGCAAUGGUCAAGGAGUUUGUGGAGAAUGGAGCCAGAGUGGUCUUCUGCUCAAAAGAUACAGAGGCAAAAGCUCUGGAGAAUGAGAUAAAUAAAGCUGGGCCAGGAGAAUGUAGAUAUGUUUGUUGUGACGUCACAAAAGAAGAAGAUAUAAAGAAGCUGAUAGAGAUCACUGUAAUGACCUAUGGACGAAUUGACUGUCUUAUCAAUAAUGCAGGAUGGCAUCCACCAGAACAGACGAUAGAUGGCACCAGCGCAGAAGAUUUCCGUGACCUUCUGAAUCUGAAUUUGAUUGGCUAUUUUCUGACUGCAAAGCAUGCUCUGCCCCACCUGAGGAAAACACAAGGGAACGUCAUCAAUAUUUCCAGCCUCGUUGGUAUCAUCGGUCAGAAACACGCAAUCCCUUACGUUGCCACAAAGGGAGCAGUCACGGCAAUGACAAAAGCAAUGGCUGUGGAUGAGAGUCAGCACAAUGUGAGAGUAAACAGCAUUUCCCCUGGUAACAUAUGGACGCCCCUCUGGGAAGAGCUUUCAAGCCAUUCAGAAAACUCGGAAGCUAUGAUUCAAGGUGGCAAUGAUGCACAGCUGUUGGGGCGGAUGGGCACAGCGGAGGAAUGUGCUAAGGCAGCGCUGUAUCUGGCGGCAGAAGGCACAUUCUGCACUGGCAUCGACCUUCUACUGACAGGAGGGGCGGAGCUCAACUACGCCAACAAAAGCCAGCAGAGGGCACGCAGCAGCAUUUACCAUUGACUCUUUAUGUGACGUUACAACAUAGUGGGCAUCACACAAAGAGCUUUACUGGCCAAACGGGCAGGUCAGUGAUAUGGAUUCAAGUUCCUGAAAUUAUACGAAAUGUGUUCUACCAUUGGAAUGAAGAUAUUUCUCUAAGGCCAGUAGAGUAAAGCUAAGCCCUGCUGCAGAACCUCCUGGAAAACAGAACUGUCAAUCCACUUUGUAGUUCAGGGAACUUGUUCGCACUUGUCCUUCCCUAUGAAAUCUCCACAUGGUUACACAAUGGCAGUAAUUGCUGACGUUUUACACACACAGGUCUAGCUUUUUUAAUUCUUUGUUACUACAAUGCGAUUGUUUUGGUGCCAUUAACAUACUGUAACUCUCAUCAUCCUCAGCAAAGCAAACACUGAACAAGCAGUAUGGAACUGCCAUUCCAAGGGGCCACAUCCCUGCUUUUUUAUCCCACAGGGGUCCUUUUUUCUUUCAUGAUUUUUAGGGUGUAGUUUUUAUUUCUAAAUGACACUGUUUACACUGAAAAUAAUUCGCUCUACAAUAUAAAAUUUCAUUCCUGAA